AUGGCUACAAGCAAAAAGCACUUUAUAGGUGUUAUGCUGUUAUCACAUAUUCAAAAAAUGACGUUGUUACAAAGACAACUUUUUUCUGUCCUUCUUCUCCAUUCGGAACUCAAGUGGUGCUAUAUAGAGAAAAAGGCGAAAAUGUCAGAAAAUUUUUCGCUCGUAAUGUCAUCAUUAAUGUAUGAUAUGGAAAAUUAA